AUAAAAAAUGGAUGGAAAUGAGGGGGGCGGCGAUAACCCGCCCACCUCUAAGAAGAGACCACGACAUCCAGAAGAUCGAGAUGUUUCGGGUACUGGCGGCGGUGGUGAGAGUGACUCUUCUUUUCUACCUUUCCGUAAACCAAAUUAUAAAAGACUUUAUCCGGAAAAUAACAUUAACAUGCAAUUCAAAGUAUUUGUGGAAAGUAACAACAAAGAAGAAAGAAUAGGAAAUAAAAGUCCAGUUUAUUUAAAUCAUAUAUUUAACAAUAUAAAAGGUGUGGUGGCACUGAGGCGUAUUAGCGCCAAUAAAAUAGUUGUGAUUUUCAACCAGCACAACACUGCUAACAAUUUUCUCAACCACGGCAACUUUCUGCAAAAAUACAACAUCAAAGCUUACAUUCCAGCAGCGCAAAUAGAAAAGACCGGUAUAAUCAGAUUCGUACCAACUAAUCUAUCAAAUAAAGAAUUGUUUACAAAGUUAACCUCAGUAUAUGAAAUAAUUGCAGUUAGGCGAUUUAUGAAAAAAGUAGGACACGAGUUAGUAGGAACACAAACUGUCAGUAUCACAUUUCUGACAAAUUCCUUACCGGAGAACGUACAAUAUGAUUUAUUCUCAUAUAGAGUUUUUGAUUAUAUUCCUCCUCUUCAACAAUGUUACAAAUGUUUUAAAUUUAAUCAUUCUGCUAAUAUAUGUAAUGGCAAACAGCGGUGUUCAAUCUGUUCAGGUGAUCACUCAUAUAAAGAAUGCAAUAGACCAGAUGAGAUUUGCUGUGUGAAUUGCAGUGGACCUCAUUUAGCUAUUUCUAAAGUAUGUCCUAUUAAAAUGAAUAAAAUAUUAGAGAAGAAAAAUAAAAUUACCUAUGCUAGUGUUGCUAAAACAAAAGAAAGUACUGACUUCCCUUCUCUGCCAUCACGUGGCAUCCCUGUAAAUAAAAAUGUAAAUAUUGUACAAAAACCUGUAAAUAAGUCUGUAAAUAUUAAACCUGUAUUAAAGAAUGUAAAUAUUCACGAUAUAAAAUCACAAAUCAUUGGAAACAGUGAUGUGCUUAUGGCCCUAGUACACACACUGGUCCAAAUAGGCAAUAAAAGUGAUAACGAACCAAUUACUUCUUCAUUAAUUAAAGAUGUCCUCAUUAAAAAUUUGUCAACAUAAUGGAUACAAGUACUCAUAGAACUCCCUCUUUACGUAUUGCGCAAUUCAAUGUCCAAGGUGCAAAUCACAAAAAACCUCUUCUUAUAAAAUUUUUAAAUGAAAAAGAUAUUGAUAUAUGUUUAUUGAAUGAGACAUGGUUGAAAGAUCAUCAAUCAUUUCAUAUUUCUAAUUACAAUUUUUACAACAGAAAUUCUAAAAAUGCUCGUAAUGGUGUGGGAAUAUUAGUUAAGGAACAUUUGAAAUACAAUGUUUUAAAUACCUCUUUUUAUGAAGAUAUACAAAAUAUAGCAAUAAGUUUAUAUACAG